GUGCUUCAACAUGAUUCGAAUAUUUUUUUUGAUUACAAUAUAUUUAGUUUUCCUAAAAAAAAUUGACUCAACUGAAAAUAUUCGUUACAAUUAUCCACGGUCUUGUAGCGAUCUUAGUGGAGCACCUUCUGGAGUUUACAGAAUUUUUCCCGAAUAUGGAUUUGGAGACCCAAUUGAAGUAUAUUGUAAUCAAACUUAUGAUAAGGGAGGCUGGAUUGUGAUUCAAAAUCGCUUCGAUGGAUCAACCCAUUUCUAUCGAGGAUGGCAAGAUUACGAGCAUGGUUUUGGCAAUUGGGGUAGCGAAUUUUGGCUUGGAUUGAAAUCGAUUCAUAGAAUCACCUACUCGCAGAGGUUUGAGCUGCUGAUCGAACUGUCAGAUUCUGUUGGGAGCACAAGAAUAGCUAAGUACAGCUAUUUUCUGUUGGCUGGUCCGGAAGCUCAAUAUAAACUAAGCAGUUUGGGCGAAUACUCAGGAUCUGCAGGUGAUUCAUUGUCUUAUGCCGUUGGGAGCCCCUUUUCGACUUUUGAUCGAAAAAAUGAUGGAAAUAAAGAUAAUUGUGCUGCUAUAUUUAAAGGAGCAUGGUGGUACAGCAACGUGCACUGUCACAAAGGAAAUUUAAACGGAAUAUACCUCGAAGGGUUACAAUCCGAAUUUGCUACAAUGAUGUGCUGGUCAACAUGGAAAGGUUACUAUUAUGGAUUAAAAUCAUCGCGGAUGAUGAUUCGACCUACACUACCAUCCAAAUGAAGAUAUAAUGCAAUAUUCAGAAUUCAUAAAAUAAAAUCUGUUUCAUGUGGUUGGACAUUUAAAUUAUCAUAAA